UGAAAAUUUCGGUAUAUCAGGGCACCGUGCAGCAGAAGAAAUAUUUUGUGCGUUAGUUGGUCGUAGGAACAGAAAAAAAAUGUUUUAGUCGAAUGGGAAUUGUCCACAUUAUUUGUUAUUAUGUGGCUACGAAGCGAAACCAGGGACAGGCGUUUGCGUUCUAGCGCAACCCGAAUGACUGUUACAAGUAAAAAAUAUGUCAAGAUACAACACAAAACAAAACGUGCUCCUCCAGAUGUAAUUCACACUCGGCGCAGUUUCCAUCUGCAAACUGGACAUGUAUCCGCUCGGUGUAAACCAGUUGCAACCUCAGUUGCGCUCACUUCCAGCACCACAAUCGCAACACGUACUUCGACGCGCACUGCUACUAUCCGGACCAGUCCAAAACGUACACUCAAAGUUAACCGGAGAGUUGUUAAGCCUACGCCAGUGUUGACUUCCGUUGGCGAUGUAAUUCCUGAUGAUUGCAAAGAAAACUGUUGGCAAGAUAGCAAUGAUCUCACACUUUUUGAUGCCUCUGUCAGCCUGAAAAAUCAGUACGGAGCCACCAAUCUAUAUUCUAAGAAAGCAACAGAAGAGAUUGGAUUACCAGACGAUUGUCUAAAUCAGUUCGGGAUGAUCAACUAUGACUCGCUAAAAUCAACAACUAUUAGCGCAGGUAACACUGUCGGUCCAGCUCAGUCAGUAGAUUCUCUCAAGUCAAAAUGCAUUACGGAAUGUGAUAGCACUACUGAUGCUAUUGACUGUGACGAAAGCUAUCCAUCGACAUCUGGAUUUGUAAAUCGACGAUCCAAAAAUCUCCUCGAGUGCAUACCUGCUCUUCCGCUUCCAUCACAGGAUAUUAUUCCAGAAGUGGAUUCAACAACCGAUACGAUUCCUGACACAACAAAUGAAUUGGUAUCGGUCACGAACAAGAUCGUUUCUUCUUUCACACUUUCUGGGUCGUCAUCAUCUUCGUCAUCAUCUUCAUCUUCAUCGUCGUCGUUGUCGUCAACGUUCCAGCCAACUGGAUACAGUAGUUGCUCAUCCAUCUCUGGUUCGGAAGAGCUAACUGCUUCUAGCAGUUAUCUACCUAAUGCAACAGCAUCUGAUUUGAUCUCUAUGUUUGAUGACGAACAUUAUAAAAAUACAACAGAUCUUUGUCAGUAUACUGAAUUUCCACCAUAUAACACGUUGCUGACUCAAGCGUUACUUAGUUGCGGCGAUGUUUCGAGCCUCAAUCUGGGAUGCAGUCAGGUGUUGGCAGAUAAUAUUUCAACAGGGAUGAAUGAUUCUGUUUUUUUAUCGUCAAUCAACCCAACAGCAAUCGAAAAUUUGAAGGCAUUAACAAAUUUUCCGAACAUGGGCGUCGUCGAUGAAGCGGGACCAAGUACGACUGGUUCGUAUUUAACGGAGAUAGGCACACGCACUAAUGUUGCAUCAAACUUCUCUGGAGUUAAUGAUGGAAGGUCUGAGGCAGAAUCACUUAUUCAUAAUAUUGAAUGUGGCCAACCAAUGCCGAUGUGCGGUGAUGACAGUGAUUCAGGAAUGCAAUUGGAGACCGAUGAGUGCAUGGAAAUCGAAGAAUCUAAUGAUGGUCAACACGAGCAUCUCACGUGGGAAACGUUUGAUCCAUACGUCUUUAUUAAACAUUUACCUCCGUUGACAUGUGAAAUGCGCUCUAAAUGCCCUGCGUUGCCGUUGAAAACUCGUUCCAGUCCGGAAUUCAGUUUAGUACUCGAUCUCGAUGAAACAUUGGUGCACUGCAGUUUGGAAGAACUUUCAGAUGCUAGUUUUAAAUUUCCGGUGCUGUUCCAGGAGCGAAAAUAUAUGGUAUUUGUACGAACAAGGCCUUUCUUUCGUGAGUUUCUCGAAAAGGUUUCACAGCUCUUUGAAGUAAUUUUAUUCACCGCCUCUAAGCGAGUUUACGCGGAUAAGCUGCUUAAUCUGCUGGAUCCAGAGCGGCGGCUUAUAAAAUAUCGUCUCUUUCGUGAGCAUUGUGUGCUAGUCAAUGGGAACUAUAUCAAAGAUUUGACCAUUCUUGGGCGAGAUCUUUCCAAAACAAUUAUAAUUGACAAUUCACCACAAGCAUUUGGUUAUCAACUCGAGAACGGAAUCCCGAUUGAAAGUUGGUUCAUGGAUCAAAGUGAUUCAGAAUUAAUGAAAAUCUUACCUUUUUUAGAGAGCUUGGUUGAAAUGAGACAAGACGUACGGCCUCACAUACGCGAAAAAUAUCGACUGUUUUCAUAUUUACCUCCGGAUUAAUCAUACAGUAGGAGAAUUUCAAUAGAAAAUAAUACAACUAAAACGGAAUCUGUAAUAGGCAAGUUAAUUUUCCACUGUUCUGUUCUUUACACUAUAUGAAGAGUGUAAACCUAUCCCGAAACUUGAACAAAUCGACUAGAUAAAACAAAAUACAUAAGCAUACACAACUUAGAAUGGGCACACCAAACAUCAAGAUUAAGCAAGCAAAUUAUUAAAAUACAUGUAGGAUUUUAGCCGUCGUCAUCCAGAAUGACACAAAAUAAAUAAAAUAACAUCCGUACGAUAUAGAUUAACACUACAGUAUGAGUCGAUAACCAGAACUGGAGCAGACUGGAAUGUCAUUGACCCUAUUUGUAAAUGUUACUGUUUUCACUUAGUUGCUGCUGCAGUGGAUUUAGAAUCCUAUCAAAAGUAAAAACGCAUUAAGGAAAAAUAAGUUAACUAAAAGAGCAACGUUGGCUUAGAUGGCAAUACGAUACACAGAUUAUUCGAUAGAAUCAGAAAAUUUAAAUAAAAUCGUAGCGAUUAGAUUGGCUAAAGGACAUGCUGAAAAUUAAUAGCAAGAUACAGAAAAUUACGCAUUAAAGUUUUGAACCAUUACCUGGUAAAUAUAUAUUAUUGUUUAUAAUGUCCUUUACAGAAUCAAUAAUUAUUGUUAUAAAUAAUUUGAUAUUAUUUUUAUUUAUUGAUGAAAUGUGCAUGUAUCAUUAUUGUAUAUGAUUAUUUUUUAGAUGAUUAAAUUAUACAUUGUUCUAGUG